CGGCGGGGCUCAGCCGCGGGAGGCGGUGCCUCUCGGGGAGGCGGGCUGGGUUCGGCCGGCGCUGCCUUCCGGGGCUCGGCACGGCGGCGGCCGGAGCCGGGCAGGAUGGGCUCCUCGGGCCCCUCGGUGCUGCUCUGGGCCUGCCUGCUGCUGCCGCUGCUGCUGCCGGCCGCGCCCGGAGCCCGCGGGAGCCAGGAACCGGCGUGGGGCCCGACAGCGGUGAACGGCAGCCGCCUGCCCGCCGAACCGGCCGCAGCCCCCGGCAACCACAGCGGGGCCCAGCUCAGCCCCGUGCCCUCCUUGCUCCGCGACCUCUCGGCGCUCAAGGCCGCUGUCAUCGGGGCCUGCGCCCUCACGGCCGCGCUCAUCGCCUGCCUCCUGCUCCGCGUCUUCAGGUCUGGCAAGAGGAUUAAGAAGACCAGGAAAUAUGACAUCAUCACCACUCCAGCUGAGCGGGUAGAAAUGGCUCCUCUGAAUGAAGAGGAUGAUGAGGAUGAAGAUUCAACAGUGUUUGAUGUGAAAUACAGGUAAAGCAGCUCUGUGGAAUGUUGGUGCCCUGCAAGAUGAUGUUCUCCUGUCGAGGGACCUGCUGAAGCUGUAACUGUGAAAGGGGAGACCUUCAUCUCUGCAGUGUUACAACGAAACCAAGCCUCACCUCCUUGAGGUGCUGUCUGUACAGGAGGCUAUGGAUCUCCUAACCAAAACAUCACCAUUCAGUUCCCUGGUUUCAAAACUGCUGUGUUGGAAUGACCCGAGUUCCUCUUUGCAAACUCAGCUCUCUUGCUUUAAGAGAGCUGCAGUGUCACUAAAGCAUGACAAGAUGCAACCCAACUUGCAGCUCAUUAUGGUCUAAAUAUGUUUUGCAGAAGGCAGAAGAAAAGGAAGACUGAACAAUCCUGCCCCCACCCAAGAACUUUUUUUUCUAAAACCCCAAUUCAGUACUUCAGUCACUGUUAAACUUUGGUCAUUGUUAAUCAGAUGAUCUGUUAGAAAAAAUUAAGUGUAUUUUUCUGGGCCUUACAGAAGUGACUUAUGACUUUAGGUGGUAAAAAUGUAAGCCAUGCUGAAAUGCCACACUAUGUUUAGUAUAGGAUUUUUGGGGGUAGGGUGUGAAAGGUUGACUCAUGCAGAAAAUUUUCUUGACUUGCUACUGAUUUUUUUUUUUAACAAUUGCACUAAGCUUUCAUGAUGACGUUGUCCCAGGGAGCUCUGAUCAGACCAACUCAAAUAAAUGAGACCACAGGGAAACAGGAAGAAUCAGACAUGCCCUAAACUACAACAAUCUUGGAUUAAAGAUGAUAUAUUUUUGUAAUUUUCUGCCCUUCCACAGGGAGUAAAAGCAGUGUUUUGUACUGUCCUAUGCUGACUGUAACUUGUCUACAAUUCAUCUGUUAUACCUUCUUUUCUAAGCAAACUUAAGUCCUCAUGUGGAAUUAUUAGAAUGCAGGAAGAACAUUUCUUUUUUUUCAUGGAAGCUUCAUGUAAGUGAUCUGUAUCUGUAUCAAACUGGAAGUUUUCCCCUACCACCUGCUUCACAAAUCCCAUUUAACUCUAGGAUACAUUUUUUUACCAUCACUCCCUGCCAUGCUUUGUGCUGCAGAGGUCAGAGCUGUGGGAUUACACUGUGAGAAUUUGAUUGCUGCAUCUGGAUGGCUCAGGGUUUGGAGGCCACAAGCAUGUACACUUUCCAGGCCAACACCAGAAAGGGCAAACCAAACUGGUUUCCUUUCUUUACUUUGUGGUUUUCCUUUAAAGUAACCACAGAGACAGUUCAGACUUUACUGCACCCCUUAACACCUUUUAUUUUUGGUUUUUAAGCUGGCUGGAACAUAGCUUUCCUUGGGGAAUGCUUGUUUUCCAAUUAUUUGAGAAUUGUCCCACUGUUUGCUCGACCCUCUGGUAGCCUUCUGCAGUUACCACCCUUCAAGGAGGCUGCAGAAUUCCUGGCAAAGCACCAUCCUUACAGCAAGCUGCCAGUUUUGGGUUUACUGUUUUUUUUUUUUGUAGGCCUGUUGGGAUUUGAGGCUUGCUGAGAACACUGAACUGCUUUGUCAUGACAGCACAACCUACGCCAGUUCCCCUUGGGCCCUGCAGUCAAGUAAAAGGAGGUGAAGGGGAAUUAUUUUUUUUUCCUUGCUAGCAUCCUUGCUCUUGCAAAGAAGCUCCCAUACCACCUCUUGCUUUCCCCAGCUGUGACUCAGCAAAGGCUCAGCAAAACAGCCCACUCAGCCUGGAUGGAGAAGUCCCCCCCCAAGCAGACUGUUGUGUUAGUAUUAAUCAUCAAGGCAAUAGAAAUGUGCUAUCCUGGUUUCAUUCAUGGAAUGAGUUUGAGUCACUCCAGAUUACUGUUACCAAGCAAUGUUUAACACACCAGCUGCAAGGUGAGGAUGGGGCUGAGCUGGUUUUGUUCUGGGUAAUAAGAAACACAGGGACCAGUAGGUUGAGCGAGGUUUUGGGUUGAGUUAAGGAAUAUCUGGGGCUCUUUCCCCACCUAGGUAAAACAGGUUUGACUUAGGCUAGGUGAUUCUGAAGGAAAUAGUGUCUCUUCAGCACUAAAGUACUUUGAAGAUGAGGAAUUACACUUCUGAGGCAGACUGAGUCCUUUUCAAGUCAGGGAAGUGGCGAUGCUGAGAGGAGAGAGAGGUUAAAAGUUUCUGUUUGCUUUUGUGGAAGGAAGCAAUGGACUGAGGUCGCUGCCUUGUCUGAACAGACACCAUGGCAACAUGUUCAUGUCCACUCUUCUGCCAAACUCAUUAAGCUGAGCAUCAAACAAUCUGGAUGAGUGGUGGAGAGGGAAUGAAACCUCUUUGCACAAAAGAAAGGCAAGACCAAGAUAGGUAGGAGAGGGAUGAGAGGAUAAGGUGCACAAAGGACACUUCUGCAUUCCAAGGGUGAGUCUGUUCUUGAAAUCAAGCUUUUCUAACAACUUCAGGUCACUUGCUGAGUUAAGCUGGUAAAAGCCAUUCACUCCCCUUGCUUGUGGCUAGAGAAUCCCAGUUUCCAUAACAUGGCCAAAUCUCAGUGGUGAACAGAGACCUGGUAUUAAAGAUAUUGAAGAUGGAGGUGCUCAGCUUCUGCUGGGGUGUUCUGGCUCCUCAAAGAGGUCCCUGUGUGCCAUAAGCUAAGAAGUGCUUCUAAGCAAACAGCAGCUGCCUGAUGGAAAUCAAAGGCAAACCUCACCAGUUGUUCGUGGCCAUGAAAUUAGUCUGAAUGCUUUGUCUGAUACUCAGUUGCUGUUGCAAAUGUGAGGCAAUGUUUACCUCUACAAAAGUUGCUGUAUGUGAUUUUAAGUGUCUGGUUAAAUAUUCUAUAGCUAUAUUUAGUUAAGAUUUUAAGAGCACUUGACGUGACUCAUCUAAUAGUAUAUAUAUAUGAAUAUUUUUUUAAUGGUAGGAAUUAGUUUAAAACAGUUUUAAUAAUUUGGACUGUUUGAUUCAGGUAGUUCUAGGAGUUCAUUUGAUUAAAAAACAGCCAUUAACCACUACAUGAAUGUUUUACCUUAAUGUUCUCUGUAUCUUACACUGCAGAUUUAAUCUCAUUGUGACUGUAAUGUGUCUUAGUAUCUGCUGCUAUUUUGUGUUGCAUAGUCAAACUUGCUUUGUUCAAGAGCAUUUUUCAAGGCGUAUUUUUUUGUUACAGAAAAUGGAAAGACAAAUGUUAUUAGAGAUGCCUGCCUGUAGCUCCCUCACUGCUCACAAAAUCCACUGACAAGUAGCAGAGUCAAACAGAGUAAGCAAAUUAGUGGCUUUCCUCUUUGUGCAUGCUGUGUUGUGGAGGAAAAACCCUGCACAGAAUUGCAGCUGCUUUACUCCAACCCCAGCCCUGUCACCAGAGAUGACAUUUGAGGAGCCAGAAGUUGGUGUGCCAUGCUUGCCUGUGGAAUUAAGUUGGAAGUACACUGCUAGCUUUAAACUUGGGAAUUUAUUUUUUUUCCUUUUUUUUCCCCCUUAAAGAUGUGGAUGACUGCAAAUACUUGUUUUGCACACUAACUUAUGCUAUCCUAAUGUUUAUCUUAACCCAAACUGACUUACAGAAGUCUGCAUGCAUUAAUGAAGUUUGAACACACAAGCACUAAAGCACUGCAAUGUUUUGUAUCAGUGAGUGUUCCCUCUGAUCCACUGUAUGUAGCAUAACCUCUGAAGGGUGACAGGCUAUAGUUUUCCUUCUGUUAAAUGAGUUUCCACUGCUGCAGUUCUUGUGUGAGGAGUUAUCAGGACCAUGUGUUUUGUUAUGUGCAAUUGUUUGAACUUUUUAAAAAAUGUUUGAGAUUUUGUCCUCGUGACCAAAGCAUCUUUUUAAGAAAAAAUUGCUGAGUUUGAAUGAACUUCUCAUGUUUCAGUAGAAACUGCCAUCAUUAAACAUGUUCUUGAAAUCCCC